GAUGUCAGGAUGCAGCACUAUGGAGUGAACGGGUACUCGCUGCACGCCAUGAACUCGCUGAGCGCCAUGUACAACCUGCACCAGCAGGCAGCACAGCAGGCCCAGCACGCCCCCGACUACCGGCCCUCCGUGCACGCCCUCACCCUGGCUGAGAGACUGGCUGACAUCAUUUUGGAGGCACGUUAUGGAUCCCAGCACCGCAAACAGAGGCGGAGCCGCACGGCCUUCACCGCCCAGCAGCUGGAGGCCCUGGAGAAGACCUUCCAGAAGACCCACUACCCAGAUGUGGUGAUGAGAGAGCGGCUGGCCAUGUGCACAAACCUGCCUGAGGCCAGGGUCCAGGUCUGGUUCAAGAACCGGCGAGCCAAAUUCCGGAAGAAGCAGCGCAGCCUGCAGAAGGAGCAGCUGCAGAAGCAGAAGGACUGUGAGGGGAGCCACAGCGAGGGAAAGAUGGAGCCCCCUGUGCUGGAGACCCAGGCUCCCACCCCGGACACUGAGAAGGUCCAGAGCCUCCCCAGCGAGGUGGGCACCGACCUCAACCUGACCCUGUCGGAGCAGUCUGCCAGCGAGUCGGCACCCGAGGACCAGACCGACAGGGAGGAGGAGUUCAAGAGCACCUUGGAUGAGGCCAAAGUGGACAAGAGCCCUGGUGUGGACAGCAAGGCUUUGAACUGCAAGAGAGCCAGCCCAAAAGCAGAGUCCCCUCUCAGCGCGACUGUGACGCCUUCAUCCAGCAGCGGCCUGGCUCAGACUCACUCCUACUCCUCCUCGCCCCUGAGCCUCUUCCGCCUGCAGGAGCAGUUCCGCCAGCACAUGGCAGCCACCAACAACUUGGUCCAUUACUCCUCCUUCGAAAUGGGGACACCGUCCGCCAUGCCCUACUUGGGCAUGAACGUCAACAUGGCCCCGCUGAGCUCCCUGCACUGUCAGUCCUAUUACCAGUCGCUGUCCCAUGCUCAGCAGGUCUGGUCCUCCCCCAUCCUGCAGGCCUCCAGCUCCCUGCCAAGCCUGAACAGUAAAACCACCAGCAUUGAGAACCUGAGGCUCCGGGCCAAGCAGCACGCGGCGUCCCUGGGGCUGGACACUCUCCCCAACUGAUUGCCCUGAGAAGGUGCCCCAGGGGCUGGCACCACUCCUGGCACUCCUCGGAUCCCCAGCACCCCCACCUCUUCUGGAGUGAGGUGCUCCCUUGCAGGGAAAACUUUGUGUUUAUUAACGUCCUGUUAGCACCAUGGUUGCGUCAGACAUUGCUACUGGCCUGGUCUUCGCUAAAUAUUUAAUGAGGAAGGGGGAGAGGAUCUGUGUUUAGACAGAUGAACUGUGCUCUGGACUGCCAUGGGUUCAGCCUGUAACGUUCAGGAGGAGCCCCCUCUCCUCAUCCCUCGAUAAGGUGCCAACUGUGUUUUAUUCAUCUUUUGUUUUGUUGCUGUUGUUACGUUCUUUGGGGGAAGAAAGAGUCCUGCUUCAUCUUGUAUAUAGUUUAUAAUGUUGGCAGCACCCAUCAUCUGUGUGUUACUGUCAGUGUUACAGAACUGUGACUUCUUUUGCUUUUAUUCCCCUUUCCUUUUCGAUUUUAGUAGCUAGGAUCAGAGUUACAAAACAGCCAUCACCUCGACCUCAGCUGGUAGCUAGUUGCUCUUCUUGGGUCAGCGUCCUAAAGGUGUUCAUGAGGAAGAGACAUGAUCGUGCACUUCACCCCUACAUUCUCCCUUCUCUGCUAAAGCUAAUUUUUUAACAACUGGGAAAUGAUCUGAAGGUGAAUUUCCUGUUUAAGCACUUCCUAUAAGGCAAGCAUAUUUCUUUUUCUUUUCAAUAGCACUUGCUCAAAGAGGACAAAAUAUUGGCCAAACGCUGCUGGCUGGGAGCAAAUGAAGGCCAAAUUUGCAGAUUAUUUUUGAUCUAUAUUGUUUCCUCUUUGAUCUUCAGAGAAGUGUAAACUUUAUUUACAAGUUACAGGGUUUUCUUUUUGGAGAGCAUUUUGGUCUUUGGUAAUAGAUAGUAAUAAAAAUUUCAUAUGGAUUCUUGGUGUGUUCACACACCAUGAACUUUAUGGUUCUUUGACAGAAAACUUGAUUAAUGCAAGCUGUGUCCAGGAAAAAAUCUCUGAUCACCAAAUUCUGUUCUCAAGCCCUCAGUCCAGAAAGUGUUAUCAAGUGAAAAUGUAACAAGUGAAAAUGCUGAACUGCUGGAGGCAAAGCAGGUGUAAGCAAGGGUUUUAUAUCUCUUGGGAGCUGAGGGGGGAUAGAUGAACUUGCCAAAAAUGCAGGGUUUGCAAGUAACCAAAAUUCACCAGCUUCAGAAUUAAUGCACUGAACAGUUUCAGUCUCAUUUCAUUGGAAUGACCCAUCAUUCACCCUUGGAUGGUUUUCCUUGUUGAGAAAGGAAUGUUUCUGCCAAUUUAAAUCACUUUUUUUUUUCCCUUUUUUUUGUGCCUAACCAAAUCCAAAUAAACAUUUUUGACUCACUGCUAUUCCUCUGAGCAUUAAGGAGGAAUGAUAUUCAGAUUUCAUCUCUAACAUUGCCUAGGAUCAAAAAAUCCAGAGUGACUCUGGGGCAGGUGGUAUGUUUGUAUCCCAAGAGCAUCAACUGGGGGUGCCACUGACAGCCUGGGCAGGUCUGUGCUGUCUCUCUGAAAAUAAUCAGAAUUUAUUUAACCUGAAGUGUAGACCCAUAGCCACCCAAGUGUGGCCCCUCUCACUCCCACCUUGCUUCGUACUGGGGGUAAAAUUACCUAUUUUAAAGUCAAGGGAAAGAGUGAUUUGAGCUAAAUUAUUUCUUCUUGAAAAACCAUCCAAUUCCCACAAAUAGAGAUGUAAGACCAGCUGUUUGAUGGGAAAUAAUGAUUUAUCCCUCAUAAAGUUGUAGCAGGAGCAGACCUUGGGAGGGGGAAGCUCAUCAGCUGCCCCAGCUUCCAAGGAAAAUGGAGUGUCUUCCAUAAAUAUUUCUGUUGUGCCAAACACUUCAGUUUCGGGCUUUUCUCUCAUGCUUUAGUUUUCCUGACUGUGUCAAAUCAGCCGCCGUGACCGGCAGAAUUCUCCACUUUGCCAAAACCAAAUGUAUUUGUAGGAAGCAGAUUUUUGGCUGCCGCUUUCAAAGGAGCCUGAGUAAAUUAAAACCACCAAAGCAUAUUUACUCUGUCCAGAAAGAAAGUCCCAGCUUUCAAUUUUUGCUGUCUGUCACCCAAGCCAGGGACACCCAAACAAAGCUUUAAUUUUCCUCCUCUGUCCUCAAAAGGCUUUAUUUACCUAUAUUUUUUUCUGUGCCCUGCUGACCUCUGCACCACUCUGGGCUGUGGAGUUGCUUUACCAGUGCAGGGAAAACACAGAUUUGAUGAGCACCACUUCUGAUGUUGUUCCCCGGUGCCAGUGAACAAGUGAGGUAAUUGGGUGUGAGAUCAGAUCUGCACUUGAGCUUUUUUUAAUUAAUUAAGAUGCUCAUAAAGUGCAGCUCACGUCAGUGGUGUGUCAGGCAGAGAGCAUGGGCUUGCAGUCACUCUUGCAGCAUCCCAGCUAGCACAGGCAUCUCUUCUGUGCCCUUGGGGCAGGAAAGGGAGGCAUCAGCUCCCACCAGGGCACACACAGCCUGACCAUGGCUCAUGAUGGUACCAGAGCAUCUGCCACAGGAGGGUCAAAACACCUGGAUUUAUGGCCUGCUCCUGCAAGGCAAGGACACAGAGCACAGGAGAUAAGCUUGAUCCAGCACUAGAUUUGCCAUGAUCCUCUGGAGGGAGACAAGACCUUCCCCACUGAGCCAAGGGGGGAAACUCUUCCCUGUGCCUCGAUGCAAAAAUUCAUUUUAACAUUUGCAGCCUUCACACAUCUCAACUGACCCUGGAGCGUGACCCUUUCAUCCCUGUGUUCUGCUGAUCUCCUUCCUCACAGAGCCUUGGAGCUGCUACCAGGAACUUCACUAGUGGAGCAUCUCUCACCCCAUUAAAAACCAGCAUUGGGGUGAGGCCAGCACAGCUCAGGAAGCAAACUGGGAGAGGAGACACCUGGAUCUCCAUCAGUCCCCAGGGGUAUUGGUUCAGCACCAUCCUCAUCUGCCUUUGCGAGGAGCAGCAGCCGACUGAGGUGCAGCUGGUCCUGGACCAGGGCAUGUGAGUCAUUCCCACCUGGAGAUUAUUUCUCCCAUUCUGAAUCAGGGUGGAAAUACAUAAAAUUUAAAAAUAAAGAGGAAAAAAUCGAUUUUUCUUAAAUACAGAUGAGCUCCUAAAGUAUUUUAUGCAAAGUUUGGGGUUUACCUUCUCACAGUCAACCUUAAACAUCCAUGAGGGGAGUGAGCUGACCUGAAAAGCCAAAAUUGAUUUGGAAAUGCAAAAAUGCAAAAAUCUUGGCUCACAGCUUGCAAAAUUAUAGUAAUUAAUUAUCUGUCAAAACUGAAUCUUGCCUGCAUAUUGUUGUAAGGUCUCUGAGAUCUUGGGCUAUUUCUGACCAAAAGAAAAUUAUGAAAAUACAUAGGGAGAAACUCCCCCAGCAAUAUAACCCUGUGUAUGUAUUGGGAAGGCUGAAAGGACUGAUUUGCAUCAUUUCUCUUUGAACUUAGCAAAGUUCAAAGAGAAUGUUUCUCCAGGUGGGAAGAACCUCUGCAAAUGUCCUGAUUUGGGAUGUGAGCUCUGCUUGUCCCCUUUCCUUCCACCAGCCCCAGCUAUUUAGGAAAAUGAAUACACUGAUACCAGUCAGAAUCAAAACAGAUUGAGGUUCCCUUCCUCACGUCCAGACAGAGAUCUGACACUUGUUAACAAACAUUUUAAUUGGAUAUAACGUGGCUUCUUCCAUCACAGACAUGAAAUGCUUGGAGUGUAACACAGAGACGCUGCAACUGAGCUGUUAGAGGGGAGAAAAGGAGUUUUCCAUCCCCGCUGGGUGCUGUGCCAGCCUGGUGCCAGGGCAGGGCAUUCCUGGGACAGCUCCACCACGGGGAGGUGAAAUGUAAAAAAGGAAGCGGCAUUUUGUGUUCUGUGGGGCAGACGCUCAAGUUGAUUUUUUAAUGUCUGAAAGGAGUGCCAGACAAAUGCACAGCGUGGCACAUAGGCCAGGAAGAGAAUUUGCCAAAUCCUUUAAAAACAGUGGUGGAAAAUCCGGCAAAAGUCUCCCUAGUUCCUAUUUGGAAACAGGUUAUAGAUCCGAGUAUUUCCUCUGCCAAUCUUUUGCCCUUCCUAUGGCUUUGUUUGCUUUGCCUCUCCUUGGGGAACCAACUACAGCUCCAAACCCUCCUUAGCAAAUUUAUAAAGGUUUUAUACAUGGUUCUUGCAGGACCAAGUCCCAGGAGAAAAUCAGUGACAAUAUUGAGGGCAAAAGUUUGCAGUUAAAUGUCGUCUACAUGCAAGAGAAGUCUAAUAAGUGUUAAUUAAAAAAUAAAAAAGGAAAAUAUUUAAACAGUGCAGGAGAAAUGCUAAAUGAGAAAGUAUCCAGUAAUGAUGCUGGGAGGCUGAAACAUCUUUUUUUCCUUUUUUUUUUUGGUUUUUAAAAUUAUUUUAGCUUAAAAGGCGGAAAUGUCCUUGAUGGUGAAUAUGUGAAUAAAGGGAGAUAUUUUUCUUCCCUGUAUUUCCUCCAAGAAAUAUCAUCAUUUGCUGUGUAGGAAACACAAAAAAUGCUGCCAAAUAUGAAAAUAACCAUCAGCAAGCAGAUCCCUCCGCAUCUCCUUUCUCAUUUAGCUGUUUCACCAUGUGAAGAAUUUUUAAUGAGCUCUAGGUAUGUGUUGCCACUGCAGCCAACCAGAGAGAUGCUCAUUUUUGCUGAAGAAAAACCAAAGUGGGAGGACACAAGUGUGGGAACUGUAAUUAUUUCUGUCCCUGUGUUUCAUGUGCGGUACUUCUACUGACAUGACAAUUUUGAGCAACAUCAGGACAUUUCUGAAGAGUUCAUACAUAAAAGAUUAAAUAAACCUCUCUAGAAAAGGAAUGCAAAUUAAAAUCCACCAUAUUCUAUUAGUUUAAUUACAGUAGCUCUGAAACAUAAUUCAAUUAAGCUUGAAAAAAGUCAAUUACAGAACUUUCCUGCUGGUUUUUACGAGCUGUGUUGAUUUUUCUUUUCCUCCCUUCUUAGCCCUCCAUGCGCCCCUUGCUGCUUUUUUACGAUCUGUUCUAGAGCAGCAGAAUACAUCUAAUUUUUUUUUUCUUUUGAGUGCAAAAAAAAGCUGUUUCUCUGCGUAGGUCUGCUCUCAGCCCAAAUCCACAGUGGAAGGAUAAGAAGAGGUUGGUGUAAUAAACAACAACCCCCAAAAAUGCCAGCAAUGCAAGAUCAAACAAACAAAGAAAUCCCCUGCUCUGGCGUGCGGCUGCGACACUCCCGCCGUGUUCCAGGUUCCCUCCCCUGCUCCCCACAGGCUUUGUGGGGGCUCUUUGCUUCCCAGCUGCUCAGGCAGCAGCAUCCACACCGACCCUGGCUGCCCCAGGCUCCUGGGGAAGGGAUGCAAAAGCUGAGGUGCACAAACUGGGACCCCCAUCGCUUGCCAGAGUGGGAUUAUUGUGCCGGUUUCACUGGGGCUCAGCUGGGAACAGCACUCAACCCCCACAUUGGUUUGUAAAGAAUAUACAAUUUUCCAUUGGUUUGUAAAGAAUACACAAUUUUCUGUAUACUAACAAAAAAAUGUAAUUAUAUUUUUAAUAGUCUGGGUUCCAGGCUGGAAGUCCUCUUCAAAACCUCUGUAAGACACACAUUAAAUGGUGCAGCUGAUGCUCAAUGAAUGGCCAAAGCCUUCCCUAACUGCUCUGUCCAUUGAGUGGGGCCAUCCCAUAAAGCAGAACCUUAGAUGUAUCUGUGCAACGGAAAAUAACUUUUUUGUUUAUUUUCUCAUGCCAAGAAGCAGUCAAUUUAUUUUUUUUUCCCCAGGUUCUGACCCAAGGUGUACAGUUAGCUCCAAAGUGUACCCUUGUUUGUAUGUCAAACCCAUCUUGCAAAGGAACAAAGGCUUUUAAAUUGCAAAAAGGAAAUCAAAGUAAUACACUGUACAGAUCGCUGUAAAAUUGAGCUGUAGUGUAAGACCUUGUGCUUUAGAAUUCACUAUUGAGGAACUCAAAUGUGUAUCAUAUUUAUUUAUUCUGGUAGGUAAAUGAAGAAGAAGAAGAAAAAAAAGAGUUUAUAUUCAUUUCUGAAAAGCUGCAGCAUGAUGCUAUGUACCAAUUGUGCCAGUCCUGCUUUCUGUAAAAUUAUUGCCUGUUUUCAUACUCAGCUAAUAAAAAGGAAAAAAAAAACA